UUUUCUUCGAAAAAGGCAGCCUUUUCCCAUUACAGCCGUGCUAUCCACACAAAUUUCUGAUCCCCCUAUCCCAUUAUCUCUUCCAGUAGAGAAUAUGUGGUAGGAAGUGGAGCUCUACCAUUCCUGUGGGUUGCCUAAUUUGACUCGAGAAGAUUCCUCCUUCCUUCCAAUUGCUUUCUCUCUCUUUCUUCAUCUCUCUCUUCCUCUUUCCCAAUUGCUCCACACCAUACUACACUGUUGAAGUUUUUAUGAGAAUUUUGAGAGCUUAAUUUAAUUUACGUGAUUCCUGAAGGAAUGAUACGAAACCGUUCAGUUCGCAGGGUCGGUACAGAAGAAUAUGUCUGUAGUUAAUUAGUACGAACAUAACAAAAUCAACAAUCUUGGUCGUCAUUAACUGCAUCGAUCUGUUGCUAUUUCGCGACCAAGGUUGGUCAAGAAGAACAUGUCUGUCUGAAAAAAAAACAUCCUGAGUUCGUCGAUGGCCUCCUCUUCGAAUUCUGAAUUCAAAUGUAGUUACGACAUUUUCUUGAGCUUUAGGGGCUCAGACACCCGUAACAAAUUCACCGAUGAACUCUACGAGGCUUUGAAGCGAGAGGGGUUUGAAACAUUUAGGGACAAUGAAGGGAUUGAGAAGGGUGAGAACAUCAAAUCUGAGUUGCAGAAAGCAAUUUGGAACUCCAGCAUGUCGGUGAUCGUGUUAUCGAAAAACUAUGCCACUUCGAAAUCGUGCCUGUUUGAAAUCCAGACGAUUCUCGAACACCGCAAGAAGAAGUCAGAUCAUGUUAUUUUUCCCGUGUUCUAUGAGGUGGAGCCGUCGGAAAUUAGGGAGCAAGCUAAAAAUCUGGAUUUCAAAGGAAAGAAAGUGACGGAUGAGGAAGUGAAGGGGUGGAGUGCGGCGCUUAAGGAGGUUGCGAGUAUGAGUGGGUUUGUUUACUUUAAUAACAGGUCUGAAGCCAAGUUCAUUGAGGGAAUUAUUGGUGCGCUCCAAAGCAAGCAAGCCGACAAGCACCUGAGGGAUCUUGACGAAAACAUGCAAAAUCUCAAGAGAAAGGUAGAGUACUUGAGCGGUCAAGAGAAUGACAUAAAUUCACAAAUUAGCAAUGCGGAGCGCCGGCCAUGGAAAAAACCAAAGAAAGAAGUUGAAGUUUGGCUCACAAAUGUGCAACGGCUUAAAGACGAUGUGCAAAGGCUUGAGCAAGAAGUAGUUGGAAAAACAACGAAUGUCUCCUCGCGUAUGCGGUUGGGAAAGGAUAUCGCCAAGAAGAUUCUAGAGGUGCAAGAACUCCGAAAAGAUGGCAGUGAUUUUAAUAGUUUGAUGAUUGAUGAAGAUACAACUGGUAGACUGUUGAUACCUCCAAUGAAAGAUUUUGUUAAAUGCACAAAGGCAAGGAACACAGAGAACAUUUGGGAAUGUGUGAUGAAUGAUGACUUUACAAAGAUUGGUGUUUAUGGAAUGGGGGGCGUUGGCAAAACAACCAUCAUGAAGGACAUUCACAAUCAGCUCUUAGGCAAGUUUGAUUAUGUAUAUUGGGUCACUGUAUCUAAAGCAUUCGAUAUUACAAAUCUACAGAGUGACAUAGCUAAAUCUCUGAGUCUUCCUCUUAGGGAGGAUGAGGACGAGACAAGAAGAGCAUCGCAAUUAUAUGCAACACUCUCCCAAAAGAAAAGUUACGUUCUUAUCUUAGAUGAUGUAUGGGAACCAUUUGCUCUGAAGGACGUGGGUAUUCCGGAACCGAUCAAAUCUAACGGGUGUAAACUAGUGCUAACUACACGAUCGUUAAAAGUGUGCUAUGACAUGGAGUGCAGACCUGUAAAAGUGGAUCUUCUCACGGAGGAGGAAGCCCUGACUCUAUUUCUGACAAAGGCCGUUGGACAUGACACGGUGCUUGCUUCAGAAGUGGAAGAGAUUGCAGCUAAAAUUGCCAAACAAUGUGCGUGUCUGCCUCUUGCAAUUGUUACAUUAGCUGGAAGUUUGCGGGGAUUGAAAGGAAUCCGUCAGUGGAGAAAUGCACUAAAUGAAUUGAUCAGCUCGACGAAAGACGCCAGCAAUGAUGUAAGUAAGGUUAUUGAGCGACUGAAAUUUAGUUAUAGUCGCCUGGGAAAUAAGGUGCUCCAAGAUUGUUUCUUGUAUUGUUCCUUGUAUCCUGAAGACUAUAAAAUCCCUAUGAAUGAGCUAAUAGAGUAUUGGAUUGCGGAGGAACUAAUCCCUGAUAUGGACAGUGUAGAAGCACAGAUGGACAAGGGUCAUGCUAUAUUGGGAAAACUAGAAGGUAGCUGCUUAUUAGAGAGCGGUUUCGACACAUGGAACAACCGAGAAUGUGUUACGAUGCAUGAUUUGAUUAGAGAUAUGGCUCUCAAAAUAACAGCAAGUAGCCCUCGAUUCAUGGUAAAUGCUGGUGAGAAAAAAAAAAGGGUACCAUAUGAACCCUGGUCUGAUGAUCUUGAGAGGAUUUCCUUCAUGAAUAGUUUGAUAAUUGAACUUCCAAUUGCACCACCUGUCUGCCCUCAGCUUACCACCUUACUUUUGAAUGGCAUAUACGCUAGUCAGUUAGGAGUAAUUCCGGAUUCUUUCUUCUCCAAUAUGCCUCGUCUUAAGGUAUUGAAUUUGUCCGGGAGCAUAAUAACGUCGCUGCCAGAAUCCAUCUCCAACUUGGAGAAUUUGCAUGCAUUAAUACUGAAUAACUGUCAGAAAUUAAUGUAUGUGCCGUCACUGGAGAAACUAAAGGCUCUGAAAAUGUUUGUACUGCAUAAUAGCCAAAUUGAAGAAGUACCGGAAGGUAUAGAAGAAUUGGUUAAUCUCAGAAAACUCGACCUCUCAUUUAAUAAAAUACUAAGGAAGUUUCCUAGCUGGAAGUUACGCAGGCUCUCAAAACUCCAAUACCUUGCAAUUGACCUUACAGGAGUAAAAGUGUCCACGGAAGCUCUCUUGUGCUUGCGUCAAUUAAAAGUUGUCGCUGUCCACUUGCACAAUGUACAGGAGCUUAACAGGUAUGUGAUAUCUCAGCAGUUCCAAGGGUUGCAAAAGUACCGUCUUGCAGUUGGAGAACCGAGGUGUUCGUUCAAUGGAUAUGGGGGAAAAAGGUUUAGUAUCAGUUAUAAACAUGUACCUUUUGAAUGUGGAGUAGAUCAGCCAGUGCUCCCCACAGGCUUAGAGUCCUUUGAGGUUGAUGGAUUCCACGAGCCCUUUGCGGUUGAUGGAUUCCACGAUCCCAUUAGCUUAUCAGCUAUUCCAUGGUUCAAAGAUGCCAAAGAUUUACGUAAUUGUUGCGUCGAAUGUUGUAACGGGAUAGAAUCCAUCUUUUCGUCAUCUACCUUUUCAGAUGAUGGCCAGAUACCUCUAGGAACCGUCGAGUUCUUUAGUUUGACUGGGUUACCCAGAUUAAGGGUACUCUUUGACGGGAUUGCCCCACCGCACAACAUUUACUUCAACCUAAAAGAAUUGCAAAUCACUGGAUGUGACGCUAUGAAGAAUAUUUUCCCUGUCCAGUUAUUGCAGAACUUGCCAAACCUCGAGUCACUUGAGGUAGUAGAGUGUGAGAAUGUGGAGGAUAUAAUAAUCGAAAUAGCAGAGAUGAGUGAUCGGGGCAAUCAUCAAGAUUAUAGCAACUCAAUCAGUCUCCCAAAACUCAAGAACUUAGAACUGCAUGACCUACCAAGACUGAAGAGCAUAUAUAAUGGGGUGACGCUGUGUCCAUCUAUAGUAGAAGUUAAGGUUUACAAAUGCCAAGAACUUAGAACUAUUUUCCCUGUCCGGUUAUUGCAGAACUUCCCAAACCUCAAGACACUUAUUGUAUGUGGGUGUGAGAAUGUGGAGGAUAUAAUAGUCGAAAUAGCAAAGGUGAGUGAUCGGGGCAAUCAUCAAGAUUAUAGCAACUCAAUCAGUCUCCCAAAACUCGAGAACUUCGUACUAAAUGACCUACCAAGACUGAAGAGCAUAUAUAAUGGGGUGAUGGUGUGUCCAUCUAUAGCAGAAGUUGGGGUUGAUAAAUGCUCGAUGGUAAGGAGAAUGCCUCUUUCGCUGCAUAUGGAUGGCGAGCAAGCAACAACACCACCUGCUCUCGGCCUCAUCAAGAUUUUUGGACAAAAAGAAUGGUGGGAGUCGCGGGAAUGGGAUGAUCCCGUCACCAAAACCAUUCUUCUGCCUUAUGUACGAGACUCUGACGAGGACUCUGGUGACGAUUAUUCUGAGGACCUUGAUGACGAUUAUUCUGAGGACUUAGAUGAUGAUUGAUUGAUCUCAACAAAU